AUGGCCGACGAACUAGUCGGAUCUGUGGCCAUUAUUGCCGCAGGGGAAACGAUUUGUCUUGUUGCAGCUGUUGCGGUAUGUUCCGGCUCCGAGGAGGCGAAAGUUAUGCCUUAAGGGUUUGGAGUGAACACUUCUACAUCCGGUUUAUUGGAUCGCCCUCCCGAGAUUUGUUUUUGAAACGUCCGUAAUUAUGAGCGGGCAUUCGAUGAGAGGUUAUUGCCAGCGCCGAAAGUGAUGUCCCUUUAUUCGAUUAGAAGGCCGCCGGCUCCAACAGUGAGCGAUUGUGUCGCGAUUAUUAUUAAUCUGACUUGUGGCCUCGAUCCUGAUUUGCCGUUGUUUCUAAUUUGAAUGGAUUCUCCCGUUUUGUUGUUUAUGUUUUUCUGUUUAGGUUCAUUAUUGGGAGUUGAACCUUAUUAUUCGAGAUUCUACUCCGUUUUGUGCUUAAUUAUCUGUCGGGUACAAAAUGCUUUGGCUUUACUUUACACCCAACUUCUCACCUCGUCCUCUCGACACCUGUUUCGUUUUAUUUUGCGCUUUACCGAUUGUUAUGGCUUCACACUUUGACAUUCUGUCACUUUACACUCAUAAAUAAUUCUGCAAGGAGCAAAGUCUUGAGUUUGGACCGUUAAAUGGGUUUUAUAAUCUUUUUUCGUGUUCUAAUUUUAUAAGAGCUCAUAUUCUUUUAUAUGAAAUGGCAAAACACGGUUGGCAGGUCAGUUGGCUAAAAGUCGAGGCCAAUGUCUUGAGGGUGUCGCGGCUCGAAAGGACGAUCAGAUUGAUGAGGCCAGGCGGCACCGGCCAUUCCCGCGGGAUCCGAUCGAACAGGUUGCCCCCUUUUCGAUUCGCUUCGUUUAGCUACCACAAACAGUUUCGCGCUUAUUGUCACACAUAUGGUCGCUCGAUGACAUUUGGCUUCCGUUGUAGAUUAGCGAUGGUUAACGGUUGUUGCGUUUCAAAAGAUUUAUUUUACAAUAAGAUUUAUUUCAUUUCCAGAGAAACGUCAUGAAAUGAGGGCCAAAUGCUACCCAACAUUCAGAAUGAUAUGGCCGCUAUUACUACUACUGGCAAUAUCAGAAGCCAGAAGAUCUUCAGACCGCGACUUCAGAGAACCGCCUCGGGAUAAGACAGUCAGGUUAGGUGAAGACGUGUUGUUCCGAUGUGUAGCCAACGAUGCCAGCCCUACAAACACACAGUGGAAACACAGUAAUGGGCUUUUGUUGGGCACGGACGACGUUAAGAUUAAAGGGUUUGACAAUAGAUUGUCAUAUCUGAAAGAAAAACCUUCAGAACUACACCUUCAAGUGAAUAAUGUCAGUUUGGGUGACGAUGGAUUGUUCGAAUGUCAGAUGAUAACCUCAGAUGGCAAGCCUAUUAGAAGCGUCGCUUCUUUGACGGUUUUAGGUACGAAUUUUAAGUAUUUUACUUUUUUAUUUGAAAUAAUUAUUUUUGCGAUAUUAUGACUAUGUAUCAUUUUUAUGUCAUUUCUAUUAUUAUCCAAACUGAUACUAUAAUAUGCACCUCCCUAAUUAGAAUAUUUGUUUACAGUUCCGCCAGAACGAGUUUAUUUUGAACAUUACGAUACGAAUUCGACUAUCGAUGUAAAUGAAGGUUCGUCGCUGAAUGUGACAUGCGUCUCACGGAACGCCAAGCCGGCUGCCAAGAUUCGAUGGUUCGUAAACGGUAAAGAAGUGGAAGACACAGUACAUAGGUGGGAAGAAUACAAUGGCAAUAACACACAAACGGCAUUCGCUGCUUUGUCGUGGAAGCCGAGUAGAAAUGACCACGAGAAGAUGCUUACAUGUCAUGUUAAGCACGAACAGACCGGCUUUGAAGAGAGAAUCACAUUGACCAUGGAUGUCAGAUGUAUGUUCUUGUGUUUAACAAUGUUUUAUAAGUUUUUAAUUUAUUUAAAAUGUUGUAAUUAAUUCAUAAAUUGUAUUUUACUUUGAUAGAAAAAAGUUAAAUAAACUGUAAACUGUAAUUUUCAGACUCAUCGGAAAGGCCAGUGAUCGAGGUAGUAAAAGAAGCCGAGAGAAUCAAGUCGGGUAACAACGUGACGUUAAUAUGUGUAGCCGAAGGAGGUAAUCCACCACCGAGGCUAUCUUGGAAUCUGAAUGAGAAUCCAGUGCAAGCGGCUUUCGAGUAUGAAAUUGAGAACAAGGUGAGGUUUAAUUUGGUUUUAUUUUAAUAUCGUAUAAGCUUGUUAUUGUAACACUUUAAUAAGAGUUUAUUAAGAGAUUUAAAAUAUUUUUCAAUUAGGAUUUGUCAUGUUACUGUCUUUUUAAUUAAAGACAAAGUUAAUUGUUUUAGCGAGCGCGAAACGUUCAUUCUCUAAUUGCCAAACCUUCGGACAAUGGUGCCAUUUACGUCUGCUCAUCUUCGAAUAGGGAUGACAUUCCCGCUUUGAAGUCAACGGUGGCACUUGAAGUGGAUUGCAAGUUUAAAACUCAUUUUCUUGUUAUAAUAUUCUCGCCUUUUAUAUUAUAAUAAGAUGUGAAUAUUUUGUUUUUAAAAUUUUGUCACUUCGUUUUUUAGAUCCGCCAUCAUAUGUUCACUUCGUCAAUGUCUCGACUUCAGUCAGAUAUGGAGAUUCGAUUACGAUCACUUGUAGGUCAGGAGAAUCUCAUCCUCCAUCCACCAUUCACUGGGAGAUGGAUGGCCAACCAUUUGGAACUUCUCUGUCCAGACAAGAGAACACGAGACAAGGUACCGUAUCAGAAUCUUCAUUGACCAUCGACACGAAAAGUCUUCUGAUCACCAAACAACAAAUCUUGAUCGACUGUAGGGCUACGAACUCAGAAGGCUCGGUCAGUAUGCAACAUUCUGUCAAAGUAAACUCUCCCCCUAUGCCUCCGAUGAUUAAAAGGUCAUCUUCUGGUCCCUAUAUUGAGGGAGAGACACUAAACCUGACUUGCGAAGCGGUCGGAGGCAAUCCCUUGGCUUCUUUGACUUGGUAUCGGCCAAAGGUAAGUCUUUCUGUAAUGUCACUAAAAUCAAAAUUUAAGAAACACAAAAGUUCGAACCACAGAAAUAAGCUCAGGUGGAAGCAGGUACUUUAUAUGUCGUAGUAGUGGUUUGUGUUUAAUGUUGUAGUAGUUGCGGACGUCGUUAGUAUUUUGUAUCGAAGACUAGUUUUUAGGUAUAAAAGAUUUAAUGUAAUUUUGUUUUAGAUGGAAAAAGCUCAUAGCGACAUUGUGGACGGUGCUAAAAGUCGGAGCUCUUUGCAAGUACGAAUCGACCGGUCGAUGAACAACCUCACCAUCAAGUGUCAAAUCGACGAUCACCCAGCAUUAGAUUAUCCUCUUAAUGAUACGAUACUGCUCGAAGUUUACUGUAAGUAACAUUGGGGAAUUAUAUUCAUGCAGCUUUAAUAUCACAUUGUAGCCAAAUUUAUACUUAAAAUUAUGCUUUUAGUCCCACCCAGUAGAAUGUCGGUCAGAAAGUACGAAGAAAAUGACGGUAAAGACGAGAUUAUUGCCGGAAAAGACACUAGACUUAGCUGUUCUAUCCCAUCCUCAAACCCUCCAGCUGAAGUCAACUGGGAAGUUGAUAUUGGAGAAGACAGACCACUACAAAUAGACGGAGCCUACCUAGUUAAAAGAGGCACAGAGGAGAACUACGGGUACACGGUGGAGAACGUUGUCACCUUUCAACCCAGAAUGGAGAUGGACGGUCGUGUAGCCAGAUGUAUCGCUACAAAUCCAGUUUGGAAUAGCACGGUCAAGUCGGAAUAUCGCAUGGUUGUAUACUGUAAGUUUUACUCCAUAUACUUUUAUAUAUUGUCAAUUUGCAGAUCCACCGAAAUUGGAAGUCGAAUCCCCAUUGACAUUAACCAUGGUCGAAGGAGACACCUUCAAGGAAGAAAUUGCACUUUCUGCCAACCCACCAGUCCAAAGUUACUACUGGAAGAAAAACGGAAUACCUUUUACAGAGAUUGUGGGCAAUGUUUAUGUCCGAGGUAAUGUGAUUGGAGGAAGGAAUUUGAAGAAAGAAGACAGUGGAACAUAUGUUAUGGUAGCUUCUAACAAACGAGGCGAAGUCAUCCUUACAAUCAACAUCGAAGUAAAGUACAGUCCUCGUAUCGUGUACAUCACAACUCCAAUGUUUGGAGAUGAAGGAGACUCCAUGAUUCUAGAAUGCGAGGCUGACGCAUACCCAGUAGUACCACGCAUGGUUAAGUGGACUAAAGCAGGAAUCACGUUGAGAGAUCAGAACAGCGACGACAGUAGGCGGGCCGUUCUGAAGAUAACAGCUUCUCAGGCUACCAGUGGAGCAUACGUUUGUAUCGCUGAUAACGGUAUAGGUCAACCAAACUCAUCCACCGCGUAUGUUCUGCUCAACAGUCCACCAGUCAUUGUCAAGAACAGAGGAUUCAACCGAGCAGCUGGCCCUAUCAACGGACGAGCACGAGCAAGGUGUUUGGUACAAGUAGUACCCGAUGCUCAGUUCGUAUGGAGCCUCGAAGAUGGACAGCCAAUCAGAAACGGAACGAAGUACAUCAUCUCCGAAAAACCAAUCGACCACGCGACUAGAGAAAGUGUCUUGACUAUCACGAACCUGACCCAUAAAGAUUACAGUAAGCAGAUAAGGUGUUUGGCAUCGAAUCGAAAAGGCAGCGACCAUAUUCAUAUAAAAGUAGAAGAUCUAACUCAUCCAGACAAGCCAGAACACGUCACAGUGUAUGAAACUGGCACAAAGUCGGCGAUCGUUACCUGGAACGCUGGAUUUGAUGGAGGUCUCGAACAGUUCUUCGAAGUUCGAUAUGGAAGCAAAGGAGAUUCCAUUGCUUCUAGCGGAAACACUUCGGAAACUGUAAGUUGUGGAUCUUUACAAAACACAUUUUUGGGUUUUAAAUUUAUCGGUUUACUCUUUAUUUUUUAUCGUCAAAUGUUUCAGAGGUUUACUUUGUCCAGUUUGGAAGCGUCCACAUCUUACUUUGCCCAGGUCAGAGCCAUAAAUGAGCGAGGCCGAGUCUCCGAAUGGUCAGAAUGGGUCCAGAUCAGAACCCUAACCGAGAACGGAACAGCGUUAAUGGAGGAGAACGAAGACAACAUGUUUGCCAACAACUGGAUCUUCUUCUUCUUGAUCAUUAUGGCCGCUCUGCUCCUAAUAAACUGCGGGGUGUUCGCUUACAUUUAUGUCCAACAUCGCCGUCGGCUUCAAGCUGAGAAAACUCAGUUUGCAAGAGAACAGAAUUACGGUAACGAACGUCGCCCUCUACAACUUUAUGGCACCAUUGGAGCUGGAGGAGGUCUGAGUCCGGCUACACUGAUCAGAAGGCCAGAGUCAAAUAAUACCAAUAAAUCUGAUCUGAUGAACGAACCAGUCAGCGAGGACGAACAAUCUGUGAGGACAAUGAUUGUAAGUUUUUUAAAGACGCUCUUUGCAUUUCUUUGUUAGAGUGUUUGUGCAUAAAGUCGCACAGUAAAUACUUGAAGGGUAAUAUAAUAACAUUGAUAUAAUUUCAGCAAGUCAGUCCAAACGGUAUGAUACAGCGCCAUAAUCAACCGGUUAACCGCUUUUACGACGGCAACUUUGUCACUGACGAAGAAAACGAUCGUAAGUUUCCGUUUUAAUUUUUGGUUUUCAGUGUAACGUUUUUCCAUUGUGUAAAAUUGACCUUAAAAUAAGUUAUGAAGAACAAGGAGUAGUAAUAACAUGAUGUAAUACAUAUUCUUUCAGCUAGCUGUUACUCAGUCAUUAACAAACACGGAACUCUGAAGUCGAACUACACCCACUUCAAAGGCCCCGAACCGUAUCCGUUAAAUGGAAAUGGAUCUCCAUCCCUGACCUACGCUGACGUCGGCGGAUCGCUGCGACGCGGAUUCGACUCUCCGCGACGGUUCGGGUCGGUGAGCGGAAGCAUAAACGAAGACCCUCGCUACGUCGGGACGGGCACGCUACCUCAUCGAACACAUCAGCCUUCCUUCACCACGUUCGGCACAAACCCACGAAUAGUGGGGAACCCGGACGGAGAUCUAGUCUAG